GCUGUUUUCAUUCUCGCGAGAUUAACAGACAGGAAGAGGAGACGGCGAAGGUCAGGAAAUAAACAUGGCGGCCCGCAGUUUGUUGAGGUCUGCAUGGACUUCUUUAACAGGCUUCAAAUUAAAAACCACAUGUCCAAACCUACAAGUUCAUCAGAGGACGAGUUUUCCUGGACUUCCAGCUUUGAGUUUUCAGAGCAGAGGAAUCCGACAAGGUGAGAGUUAAGCGGAAAUGUGAGGAGGAAACACAGAGACACGGAGGCGGAAAAUACGUGAAAAUGAGUUUAUUUUAACCUUAAAAUCAUCAAAUAUGCUCUUUUACUUCAUUCCUUUUACAAAUACAUCGGAUAUACGUUCAUUGGGGGCAGAUCUCUGUGGUUUAUAACUGAUUUAAGUGUCAUUAUCGAUUUGUUUGCCUUUUUUGCCUUCAAACCUCCUUAAAAAUGUGAAGAUUAUUUUUUUAAUCUGUUGUAAAUUUAUAAAUGAUAAACAAAAAACAGCCCCAUGUCACUGCUUAUCAAUUUAACUUUACAUUUUUAACACUUUUCAAUGAUAUUCAAGAGGAAAAGACAAAAAAAAUUGUGUUGUUGUUAUUAAAACUUAACAUUUGUGUCUUUUUCUGUUUUAAUCUUGCAGUGGUGGAGAAGAAAGAGGAUAAAAUAUCGAUGGUGAGUUUAACCUUGUGUGUUAUCAGCUUCAUUUGUGUUAAAAUAACCACCAAUCUGAUAUUUUUUAAUGAUUUUUUGCCAUCAUACAUAAUCGCACAAAAUCACAAAUUUCAGUAUUUUGUUUAACUCUGAGUCAUUUUCACACACUGAUUUUUUUUUUUUUUUUUUUUUUUGGACAUGAGUAUGUUUUUACAGAGAAAGGAGUUCAUAAAAACUGCGGCAUUUUAAGGCACCUAGGGCUGGGCGAUUAAACGAUAACAUACUGAAAAUUAACUUCCCUCAAUAUCAACAUGGUCAAUAUGCUUUUCAAUAGUCGGCAUUCUGCCAUGUUCUGGUAGACUAUACAAACAGCCAAUGAAAAGGGGAGUUGCUCCGGGUCUGAACCAAUCAUGUGCUGAAUUAGAACCAAGUAGCAAACAACUGCAAAGUCGUAGCAAACAGCAGCUACACCCAACCAUAGCACUUUAACAGGUGAAGCCGACAGCACUGUUAGUGAGAAACAAAGAAAAUGAGUGCUACCCCCGACAGAAAUGACCAUGAAGGCUCAACAGAUGACCACAUCAGUUCAGUAAAUGAUCAUAAAGCUGUCUGUCUGUGUGGUGUUGGUGUCUGUUAUGAUAUCAGAUAUAUAACUAUUAAAGGGACACUUGUAGGGUUCUGGGUAGUGUGUUAGGAUAUGCAUAUAAAUAUGUUUCCAGGUCUGGAAACAAAUUAGAACAAAAAACAAAACAGAUAAAACACAAUAUCCGUUCAGUUCAAAGUAAAAAGACAGUUUUUUUAGUCCAGUGGAGUCCUCGAGUUCUAUUUGUGGUUCUGUUUUAUAAACACACCCUGCUGUCAUAUAAAUGUGGACUUUAAAGACUUUAUCAGUAAAAGCUUGGUUGUUAGGGGCUGGAGAACUCCAAUAUAAAGCUUUACAACAUUCAUUCAUUUCAGUAAAACUACAGAGAGACUUAAAAUGAAAGAGUGUUAAACCCCUGUAUCUAACCUAACCCCAGUAACAGCCACAUUUCAGGUACAUUUUGUAAUCAGGGCGGUUAUUGUUCUUUUAACUGAAGCUGAAUUAAAUUGACUGUUAGAUUGAAGGAAAAAUCCUGGAAGUCCCGACCGCACCGCAGCCUCCGAACCCCACAGCCAAGUGUCCAAUCUACAGGUGGAAUCUGCAGCACAAAUACAACUACACGGUAAACACACCUGCAGGCUGGUUCAUGUCCACAUAAUGGGAGUGAAAUCAGAUCAGCUGGUUUUUAAAACGCUCUGCUUUUCCUCGCCCUCAGGACGUGUUGUUGCUCAGUCAGUUCAUUAGGUCGGAUGGAGGGAUGCUGCCCAGGAGGAUCACCGGUCUCUGUCUGCAGGAACAUCGGAAGAUUACGAUCUGUGUGAAGAUGGCCCAGAGAGAAGGUCAGUGAGUUACUUAGCCACCCUUUUUUGACAGAGGAUAAUGUUACGGAGCCAAAAGAUGUUUUGAGAUUUCCACAUUAAGGCCGGGUGAGAGGGUGCAGGAGCACAGCGGGAAAUAUUCAGGACGAUUCAGCACGAGUGAGCGGCGAGAGAUGAGAAAGAGAAACCAAGAGGAAAUCAGAGCUUUAAGGAAAACGAUCAUUUCAUUCAAGUCAGUGAAGAUGUCUGCACAGGUGUUUGUUUUCAUGUUCAUAUUCAUGGGAAAGCUGUCAUGUUUUAAACAUUACAGUUAGUGCUGCAGGGUUUGGUUAAACUGGAGGAGACUUAUCAGUGACGGGCGUGAAUGUAAACGCAUUUUGGUCUUGUUGUCAUGCUGCAUAACAUCGCCGUAUCUGACCCUAAAACAUCUCCAUGUAGCGUCCACCCACCAGCUUUACUGCUGUUCCAAUUCCAGUCCAUGGGGGGCGCUAUGCUAAGCAGGGCUGUUAAGUCCUAGUCAACUGGUUGAGUUAUUGGUCGAUAUGUGCUUAGUCGACCAAAAUUCUGAUGGUCGACUUGAUUUUUUCUGGGUCAAUUUACAGUCUGUGGUUAAUUUCAUCAGGAGGAAUGUACCAAGUGCCAAUGGGGUGUUUUCAGAGCACCCCCUGUAGCGAGUGCUUUCCGUCAACAAAAAAGGCUGCUGGGGUUUAGGUUCACUUGCAUCUGUCACUCGUUCAAUUAUCAGUCCAGUUUGAGUGUUAAAAAAGUGGUUUAUUGUUCAAAAAAGGAAAGAAAACACGCUGAUCCAGGUCCAAAAAGUGAUAAGAUGAAAUGAGGUCAAAACAGGAUGAGUGAAACGGUGAAAAAUGGUCAACAGAAAAUGAUCAGAGCUGACCACAACCAUAACUGACAACACCUUUGAGAUUUAAAUAACCCGCCCAACAUCCCAAAACCACACCCCUCAGUGACAUACUGACAGAAAUCAAACUUUCAACAAGGAUAUUUUUGCUGAUAUCUGUAUAUUUUCUCCCUGUCGAGCCGCGUUCCGCCAAGCCGCUUCGUCCCCCGCAGAAGAAUUUACUGUCAGAGUUGGAAAAAUUCCUCCUCCCAAAAGUUGAUUUUUGGUCAAAAAUUUCAGAGUCUUAGUCGACCAAGAAUUUGUUUGGUGGAUCACAGCCCUAGAAGUGUCUUCCCCUGAGGAGAUUUCUGCACCUGGGAUCAAACCCCUGACAGUGAAUCAAGAGACGACCACGCAGAUCUCAGCCUUUUGUACAGUUGUUAAUGACUCACAUCUGUUUGUUUAGGAUGACAUUAAUUGAUAAUUUAAUUUAAAAUUCCGGUCAAAACAUUUUAGCAUUUUUCUGUUGAUGGGCGUUUUGUUUUGUUAAGAACUGAAUUCAAUUAUAAAAAUAAUAAAUUAUGUAAUUUGAUUAUAUUUUGAUUUAAACAGAAAUAAAACAAAUCCUCACUUCUAAAACAAGAGAGUUAAGGCAUAUCUCCUUCAUUUAUACCCCCAAAUUAAGGCUAAUAUUGCCUUAUAAUGUAUAAUAUCCAUUUACAACCACCCUCUGACCGAUAAACUGAUUUAAAACAGGAAACCACUGUGAGGAUAAUCCUGAAAAACGGUCAUUAAUGACAGUAAAAAUGCUUUCAAAGACGUUCAUCUGUGUAGGUUGUUGCUGUUUUAGUAAAACCUUGUCCAUGUUCCAGCAGGUUCUGUCUGUGUUUCUUUUGGCACAGCCUCUGACAAAGUUUAAGUGCACGAAUAUUUCUUUCUUCCUUUCUUUCUUUCUGCGUCCAAGGUCUGCUGCCCGACCACAAACCUAAACUUCCUGAAGGCCACGUCCCAAAGAGGCCCAAACCUCAACUUAACAGGUAACGUAGACAUGCGUGUCUGCACAUACAUGUGUGUCAGUCACCGUCAUCAAUCAAGUGUCACACUGCAACUGAAGCUAGCAAUAACUUCACUGUCAACAUCUGCUGUUUAUUUAACAGAUACCUGACCCGCUGGUCCAUCGACACCACCAAACCCAUCUAUAAAACUGGACUGAAGUGGUGCAAGAGACGCAUGCCUGUCGGAGACCCCAUCCUCAAGAACAACGUGCGUUACGGCGUGAAGCCUCUCUACACCAAACAGUGAAGGACAGAGAGUCGGACCAAUCUGAACAGUAACCAGAGCGAGCGGGUCAGAGUGGGUGGGCGCUCUGUGCGAGGAUGCAACUAGGAGUGGAUCAACUUUUGUCAAACUGCCCGGGGAAAAGACCUAAAAGCUUCCUCCAUCUGUAUUUAUUCUACCUUUUUGUUUAUAAAGCUGCGUCAUCCUCUUAAUGAAUCACCCUCAGCCCCACCCACAACCAUCCAUCCUGUCUCUGCUCCGCUCUCCAAAAGCCCUUGAAGUGAACUCUGACAACUUAAUGUGAGCCUCAGCGUGGGUCAGUGUUACGCUUUCAAAGUAGGUGGUAUGUUGACUGUGGAUACACAAGGCAACACAGAUGUGCAAAUAAAAUGCUCUCUCCAUGAG